GACGGUUCCAAACACGGCCUCAUUCUCUUUCUUCUUAAAAUGCUUUUAAUAUUGAAACUCUCCGUUUCAUUAGUUUCUCUCUCUAAAACUUUGAUUUUUCCGUUCAUUUCAUUGCUUCUCACUUUCUCUUCCCAAAUGAAGCUGACGGACGGAAACGCCACUUCUUCCGCCGUCAUCUUCCACUUUUUUAAAUGACGAAACUUUUCUUCCCACUCCUCUUCGCCGUCAGUUCCCUCGCCGUUAUCUCCUUCCCGCCGUUAACUCAUGCCUUGGGCUCCGGCUUGACGCUCGCCGUCGCCUACGGGACCGCCACCGUAUGCGCAAUCGUAGCCGCACAGCCGACUCAACGCAUUAUCUGCUACCGCGCCGGCGAUAACACCUCUUCCUCAAUCGCCCCUGUCCCGAUUCUCCCCAACGUUUCCUACUUCACCGUCGCCGGUGGUGAAACCAACCUUUGCGCCCUCCGUUCCGGCGGUUACAGCCUCCUCUGCUGGGAAACGAACGCCCCGAAUUACCCCGUUAAACGCCUCUACGUUAACGACACCGUUUUCCUUCAAUCCCUCUCCAUCGGCGACGAAAGGAUUUGCGCAACGACGACGAACACGUCGCAGCCCGUCGCCUGUUGGAGACCCGACGGAAACAACCGCAACGACGUCGGAGAGCUACCCAAUCGCAAUUACACAAUGGGUAAAAUCACGUCCGGAUUUGGGUUCUCUUGUGGGAUUGUACUGAGUCAAAACAACCGAGUUGCUUGUUGGGGAAGUAACUCGGUAGUAUCGACAGAUAUCGAAAGGCAGUUCGGGAACAUUUCAAUGGAAAAUAUCGAAGCUGGGGUUUCCCAUGUCUGUGGAGUGAACUCGGUUGGCGAUUUAGUUUGUAAAGGAAAUAACUCGGCAGGUCAACUCAAUGUUCCAUUAAACAAAGGGUUACGCUUUGCUUCAUGGUUAGCUCUCGGUGAAGGGUUUAGUUGUGGGAUUAGAAGAUUGAAUGGCACGGUUGUUUGUUGGGGUUCCAUGACUGAGUCCGCCAUUGAAGACAUCGAGUUCGAAUCCAUUGUUGCAGGCUUAAAUUUCACUUGUGGGUUAACAACUAAGAAUUUAUCUAUAGUUUGUUGGGGUCCCGGGUGGCCUGGGAACAACGGGUUCAAUUCAAAUUAUUCUUUUGAGUUACCUUUAAUGGCGGAGAUUUUACCAGGGCCUUGUGUUCAAUCUUUUUGCAGUGAGUGUGGGAUAUAUCCUGAGUCGAAUAGGCUUUGUUCUGGUUCUGGUAACAUUUGUAGGCCCUGUUUUAACAUCACCACCGCAUCACCACCGUCACCGGUGGCUCCAUCACCGGAGGUAUCGAGGCCGUCUCGAGAGUUGAGAAGAGGGUUGUUGGCAUUUGCCAUUGUUGGAUCAAUUGGAGGUUUUAUGGGGAUUUGCAGUGCUAUUUAUUGUUUAUGGACUGGUGUUUGUUUUGGGAAAAAGAAAGUUCAUAAUUCAGUUCAGCCAACAAUCACUCGAGCAGGCUCGAAUGGCGGUCCUGGAUCGAACAACAGUCCUCCUUCUAGGUCGUUGAGGAUUAGACGGCAAAGUUCGAGAGCAAUGAAGCGUCAACGAAGUGGACCAUCAAUGAUUCGUCAACGAAGCGGAACAUCAUCGAAACACGCUGAUAAAGCCGAGGAAUUCAGCUUUGCUGAACUUGUUGCAGCAACCAAUGGUUUCUCAUUAGAAAACAAGAUUGGUGCAGGGAGUUACGGGGUUGUUUACAAAGGAAAACUGUCGGACGGUCGUGAAGUAGCAAUCAAACGAGGCGAAACCGGCUCGAAAAUGAAGAAAUAUCAAGAGAAAGAGAUUGCAUUUGAGUCCGAAUUAUCCUUCUUAUCAAGGCUUCACCACAAGCAUUUGGUUAGACUUGUUGGAUAUUGUGAAGAAAUGGAUGAAAGGCUUUUAGUUUACGAAUACAUGAAGAAUGGAGCACUUUACGACCACUUACAUGAUAAGAACAACAUCGAGAAAUCCAGCAGUUUACUUAAUUCCUGGAAAAUGAGGAUCAAAAUCGCACUCGACGCGGCUCGAGGGAUCGAAUACCUUCACAACUAUGCAGUUCCCCCUAUAAUUCAUAGAGAUAUAAAGUCUUCCAACAUAUUACUCGAUGCGAAUUGGACAGCAAGGGUUUCAGAUUUCGGACUCUCGAUGAUGGGACCGGAAUCAGACCGAGAUUACAAGCCAACAAAAGCAGCUGGAACAGUCGGUUACAUCGAUCCCGAAUACUACGGAUUAAACGUAUUAACAACCAAGAGCGAUGUAUAUGGACUCGGAGUCGUAAUGCUAGAGCUUCUGACAGGGAAAAGAGCCAUAUUCAAGGAGAGCGAAAGUGGAGGGACACCAGUGAGCUUAGUUGAUUAUACAGUGCCUGCAAUUAUGAAUGGUGAAGUAGUGAAGGUAUUAGACCCUAGGGUUGGACCACCCGAGCUUAAUGAAGCAGAGGCCGUAGAACUAAUGGCUUAUACAGCAAUGCAUUGUGUGAAUUUGGAAGGCAAAGAUAGGCCUACAAUUGGUGAUAUUGUUUCAAAUCUGGAAAGAGCUUUGACUGUUUGUGAUGGCAGCCAUGGCAGCAUCUCAAGUGGUGCUUUCUCCAUUGUUUCAGAGUAAUUUUUUCUAUUAAAAAAAAUUAAAAUUUGUUUUAGGCAGGGCAGGCAUAGCUUUUGGGUUGUAAAAAGGAUAGAAUUUUCAAGAUGCUUUUUUUGAACACUGACAACAAGAAGAAAUGCUUACAUCA